AUGGCUUCCGACGCUGCAGUUUCAAGCAUCAAAGUUAUGAACCAGGAUCUUGUCAAAUUGGAUCGCUUUGAUGGAACAAAUUACACCAGAUGGCAAGACAAGAUGACAUUCCUUCUGACUGCCCUGAAGAUUCAAUAUGUCUUAGAUCCUGACUUACCGCCAAUUCCAGAACCAACAGAUGAUGAUUCUGACGAAGUCAAGAAGGAACGAAAGAAACGUAAGGAGGACGAAUUGCUGUGUCGUGGACAUAUCCUAAAUACAUUAUCUGAUCGUCUCUACGACCUCUAUACGGACAAUCCCUCCGCGGUUGAGAUAUGGAAAGCCCUCGAGUUUAAGUUCAAGGCCGAAGAAGAAGACGCCAAACCAAUUCUUCCCCAAGUGCACGAAUUGCAAGUCCUGGUGAACAAAAUCAAAGCAGUGAAAAUAGACAUCCCAGAAACUUUUCAAGUUGGUGCAAUCAUUGCAAAAUUGCCACUUUCUUGGAAAGGCUAUAGAAAGAAAUUGCUGCACAGUUCUGAGGACUUUUCCUUGGAGAAAAUCCAGAAACAUCUUCGAAUCGAGGAGGAAUCGAAGGCAAGGGAAAAAUCAGAAUCUGCGGGUCUUUCCAAAGCGAAUGCUGUGACCAACAAAGAAAGAAAGAAGCAUGAUGCCAACAAGCGUCAUCUAGGACCAAAAAAGGAACACAACAAGUUCAAAAAAUUCUGGGGGUUCAAAAGGUCCAAAGACCGGAUGCUUUGUUUGUGGAAAACCUGGACACUAUGCUCGAGAUUGCAAGCACAACAAAUCAAAGAAUGA